CCCCGCCGCGUGCCCACGCCCGGGCGGCUGCUGCAGCCUACGCUACCCCGCCACAGCCUGCGGCCCGCGGAGCCGGAGCCCGACCCCGAGCGCGCAGAGCUCGACGUGGGCUCCUGGGCCGCGGCGGCGGACAGGCGAUGCUCCAGAGGCCUGAGCAGCCAUGGAGGCCGAGGCGGGCGGCCUGGAGGAGCUGACGGACGAGGAGAUGGCGGCGCUAGGCAAGGAAGAGCUGGUGCGGCGCCUGCGGCGGGAGGAGGCGGCACGCCUGGCGGCUCUGGUGCAGCGCGGCCGCCUCAUGCAGGAGGUGAAUCGGCAGCUGCAGGGUCACCUGGGCGAGAUCCGCGAGCUCAAGCAGCUCAACCGGCGCUUACAGGCGGAGAACCGCGAGCUGCGCGACCUCUGCUGCUUCCUGGACUCGGAGCGCCAGCGCGGGCGGCGCGCCGCGCGCCAGUGGCAGCUCUUCGGGACCCAAGCAUCCCGAGCCGUGCGCGAGGACUUGGGCGGUUGUUGGCAGAAGCUGGCCGAGCUGGAGGGCCGCCAGGAGGAGCUGCUGCGGGAGAACCUGGCGCUUAAGGAGCUCUGCCUGGCUCUGGGUGAGGAGUGGGGCCCCCGGGGCGGCCCCGGCGGCGCUGGCGGCUCAAGCUCCGGGCCGACACCCGAGCUCGCCUUGCCCCCCUGCGGGCCCCGCGACCUGGGCGAUGGAAGCUCCAGCACCGGCAGCGUGGGCAGUCCAGAUCAGUUGCCCCUGGCCUGCUCCCCGGAUGACUGAGGCUCAUCUUCCUUCACGUCGACGCCCGACCAGACUGCUUCCCAAGCGCCGGGACUGCGGUGGACCUCCGGACCCGGACGCCGUCCCGCCUGUGCACGAGGGGCCGCUGGCAUGGAUUUGGAAACUCUGGCACCGAGGAGGGCCCCUUGCUUUCUCUUGGUGGGGCAGCAGGGAGACUGGAGGCUGGAGCGGAGGGACGUGCUGGGAGCGGGGUGGGGGCUAAUAAACUGGAACGGAAGCAGA